AUGCAACACAACAUCUGGUGGGAAGGUCUGAAGGAUUCUUUCGUAGUAGGCAUCCACUACUACACAGCCUCGCUGGCAGCGGGCACGUCGAUCCCGCGCGUGGCCGCCGCUGGGGCCUUCAUCGCCGUGGGCUUCUUGACCUUCGGGCUGGUGGUGGGCAAUCUCAUCGGCUUCCUCGCUGGCCGGCCGCUGCCGGCGCUGGCCUGCCCGCGGCGCUCCGCGGGCGCAGGCGUGGCGGGGCCGGCGUCGCCGGCCCACGUGCCAGCAGGCGCGGCGGCCGCCCUGCCGGACGUGCCGCCCCAGCCGACCUCUGAGGCGCGCCGCCGCGGCCCACCGCGGCUAGGCAUGGCGGCGCCUGGCGUUGGCCCGCUCCUGCCGGCGGGCGGGGCGGGGCCAGUGGCUCCCCCGGAGCCGGCUCGCGCGCUCGCAGCGGCUGGCGUCGCCGAGGGCGACUUCAUCGCCGCGAAAUACAACGUUGCGGGCGCCGCGCUAUGGCGCGAGAGGUGCGCGUCGCUGAUCUCGACCCUCCCGCCCCGCACGCUCACGGGGUACAUUCCCGAUGGCGACUGCUACGAGGAGGACCUGCUGCCCGGGGGGGACAUCGCGGCCUGGGCCCCGCUCGCGGGGCAUGCGGCGGGCGGCGGCCUGCCACCGCGCCUGGCUGGUCAACGAGUACAUGGAUUUCGUGCCCUUCCGCUCCUGCACACCUUCGUGGCGGCGAGGGCGGCGGCCGCUGCCCGCCUGAAUGUAGCCCCUGCCGCUCACUUCGCUGCCCAGCAGCGGCGGCCGCCGCGCUUGCUCCAGCAGGCCCCGCGGCUGCUGAACCGCCAGGUGGCCUGGCGCCAGGGGCGGCCCCCGGAGUGCCGGGAGGGGCGCUGGUGCCUCUCGCUCCAGCCCCGGGUGACGGUGGCCUGGCUCUUGGCGGCCUGGUUGGACGCUCGUGUCCUGCCGAUCACUCGGGAUCAGCUGGGGCAGCGGCGCUGUGUCUUCAGAGAGGCAGUGCUUCAGAUGCGGGAGGGCCCUUGGCCUGACUGGCCUUUGUCAGGGCCUCGCACCGCACUCUGGUGCUGCCGGUUCAUUUCGGAGAAUAGCAUGACUCCCAUGGGACAUCAUGUCCGCUGGCGUCAAGAAGCUGGUCUCACAGACAAGGACCUCGGAGUCGAGGAGCACGAGAAAUGUUGCAGGGCCCUGGAGCUCGCCGCUGUUUAUGACCAGGUCAAUGUUCCCAAUCAUGCGAGCCUGGAGAUAGUUUGCCGAGAUCUCCAGAUUCAGGAGGAACGGUGUCGUGAUAGAGUUGCCAACCCUGAUCAGGCAGGCAUCGAUCGCCACCUCUUCAUGGGCACAGGUAGGGUUCGCGGGAACCUGUGCAUUUGCCUUGACCUUCAGACUUGGGUCACGGCUGAGCUGGCCCGUGAAUAUGCAAUUGCUAAGGAACGUCGCAGAGCCCGUGAAGAAAGGGCCCUGGCUAGCGGGACCUCCAGCACGGAGGCGAGCGGCAAGCCGGGGCCCAAGAAGAAAUGA